CGAGAAGUGACCUCUUAAAUCACAAAGUGAUUCGUUCGAGGUAACCUGAAUCUUGAAUUGAAGCCGGUCGCUCGUGACUGUUACGUGUUCAAGCGUCAUCGCGCGUACAAGUUUGAUGUUGCGAUUGGGCUCAAAAGCCGAGGCUCGGAAGACAUGCUGAGGAGAGCCUUGGACAAGAAAGAGACUUGCUAGACCAAGAGCCAUUCAAGCUUCCGAUCGGCGCAAGGCCUUCGCAACAGGACUGGAUCAAGUGCGCGCAAGUCGAGCUCCUUCAUCACGGACCAAAGACUUGGCGCAGAUCUGCGCCUCUUCGAGAUGGACUUCACUGCAUCUUAUGCCCAUGCAUCCACCUCCUCCCUUCGUUUCUCUCCUGGCUCCACUUUCCUCGCAUCGUUGGUUGGAAAUCCCUCGCGAACAGUGGUGGUACGCUCAGCUCUAAGCUUGACACCCGUCAGAUCGUGGGACCUACCCUUGACGCUGCAUUCCCUACAAUGGUCAGGAGACGGAGCCUUUCUGCUGGUGACGGCCCUCGAAGAUGCUACCGUCUUUGUGCUCAGCCUCGAUCCCAAGAGGGAGGCGCGACACGGCGAAGAUGCAGGCGAAGGAUGGAUCGCUAGGCUACAGGCUGGCGCUGAAGGAUUGGUUCACGCUCAGUGGGCUCCCAACGAUGGACCUCACACCGUCCUGUGCUUCAGCGAGAACGAUAUGCGCGUGACGGCAUGGCAACUGGCAAGCGAAACACCUACUCUGAUCGACUCGCCAAAGACUGCUAGAGCGUAUUCGAACGCUCAGUCCAACAUCUUCGCGCUGCUGCAAAGGCACGACAGUAAAGAGGCUGUGUCGCUUUUCGUCCAAGGCUCGCAUGGCAAUGCCAAGAGAGAACGGCAUCUGGAAUUGGCCGAUCCAGAUGGGGAUGGGCAAGGUUGGAGACUCUGGAAGAGCUUUCUCAUCGCAACCAAUGACGCCGCGGGCUUGGCGUGGUCGCCGACAGGUUUGCACAUCGCUGUUUGGGAAUCUCUGCUGGAGUACAAGCUUCAACUUUACACGAUCGCUGGACAACUCAGAGCAACCUUUGCGAUAGAAGCUGGUGCCGAAGAGCCGACCACGGUGUAUCCGACCAGCUCUCGCGCCAACAAUGGAACAUCUCUUGCGAGUACCCAACAGGGGAGUCUGGGUCCGAGCUCUUCGCUCAGAAAUCGCAAGGCGCAGGAGCACCUUUCGGACAAUCGCAGCAUUGCCGGCGGCGGGCUAGGCAUACGCUGCGUGGAAUUCGCACCGAGUGGCAAGUACCUUGCUGUUGGAGGUGCAGACGAAAAGCUUUGGAUCCUAGACGCGACCGACGGACAGCAGCUUUUUGUGCUGGACCACUCAAAAAAAUCGUACGGCGCAUCUAGCAAAAGCAACGGCACGUCAGAACAGCUCAUCGCGUGGCGAGAGCCGCAUCGGUGGAUUGAAGAAACGGGAGGCCGUGGCAUCAUCACAUUGGAGCAAAAUACCCUGCCCGUGGCGCCCCCCGCAGUGCGCGUCGAUCACACCAAGCCCUUUCCAAAGAGCGGCGUCUCCUGGCUAUCCUGGUCGCCUGACGGCUCUUUGAUCGCAUCCCGCAAUGAGAAUGUGCCGGGAACCAUUUACAUCUGGCUGGUGGAGCCACAAAGCGCCUCUGCACCAAUUUUGCUGGCUAUGCUUCUCCUCGCUGCCCCAGUCACUCGCGCGUGCUGGCAACCAGCGGGCACUAGAGAAGACUCUGCCAUCGCUGCGACAGGAGCUACACUUGGCCUCGUCUGCGGGACAAGCGCCAUCUAUCAAUGGUCAAGAAACCCCGAAAAGAGUCAGAAUGCUGAAGCCAUUCCGAUUCCCAUUGACGGAUUCGCAGCACACGUGCUUCGCUGGUCGCCUGAUGGUGCUAACCUACUCUUGGCCGACGCCACAGCAGGCGCAUUCUGCUGUGCCAUUGAUGCUGAUGGCCAAGACGGAUCGCGCUCCGUCUCGAUCGCAGACGAGAGCCGCUAAUCGUCUACCUAGUCUUGCUCACGCCUUGGUAGUACUGACCGAAUCGCUUGCAAGAUGUACAAUACAAUGUGAAGAUCGCCGACCCGAAGGAAAAGA